AUGGUUGACACGUGGAAUACCUCGGAUGAUGCUCAGACCUGGAACACGGGCAAUGAAAUUGAGGACCAACCCAUCAAGUCCGUCGGCGAUGCAGAGGAGCAGGUUUUCGACGACAGCAGAGCUUGCUAUCACUGCGGCGAGACUGGGCACAAAGGUCGAGACUGCCCCACGAAGCCUUCCAUGGUCUGUCGCCGAUGCAAUGAGGAAGGCCACAUGGCAAAAGAGUGUCCGGUACCCCAGACGUGCCGCCGCUGUGGCAACGAAGGCCACAUGAGCAAAGAGUGCACCAUGGUCCCCCCAGUUGACCGCAGUCAUAUCGCUGAUAAGUCCGUUGAGGAGGCUUGGGAUGGAAUUGAAGAAGCUGUCAAGGAGAAGGACAUCGAUGACCUCGUGAUCGCCUUUCAAGAAUACGUCAAGGCGAUUCUCGUCGAGUUCCCAGAGACCACCUACCGUAGCCUGCAAAAAGGCUUCAAUCAGCGGGGCUUGAGUGUCUUCUUGAUCGCCCUGGAGAUCGAGGUAGAGCCGUCCUUUACGAAUGCUGAUCUGCAGGGAAAUACCGACAAGAAGUACACGGUCUCAGUUCGACUCUCAGACAAGCCACGUCGGCCCCGCGAGCGCGAGGGCUGGCCCGAGAACAUGGACGAAAUUCUGCAACGUCUGGAUGAUGCUGGCGAGCGUGUGCCAUCUCAUAAACGCCAAUGCUUCAACUGCAAUGAGUGGGGUCAUGGAUCCCGAGACUGUCCUGAACCUAAGACCGAGCGCUCCCGCGAGAUCAUCACAUGCCCGAACUGCAACGAGGAUGGCCAUCGUCUACUAUAUUGCAAGCAGCCUCGUGUUGACAAGAACGCCUGUCGCAAUUGCGGCGACUCUGGCCACCGCGCCAGUGAGUGCACCGAGCCCCCCAAUAUGGAUAAUGUGGAAUGUCGCAAGUGUGGUGAAAUGGGCCACUACAGCAAGGCCUGCGAAAAGCCCGAGACAUGCCUCAACUGCGGUGAAGAAGGCCACAAAUUCUUCGGUUGCCCGAAGCCCAAGGACUUUUGCAAAGAGAAGGGUCACACGAAGGCUCGCUGCCCGCAAGCGGACGGCGAGGCUGGCGGUGACGCACCUGCCUACGACGACGCUGGUGCUAUUGACGAGGGCAAUGACUUUGCCGGUGGCUCAGCCUUUGAUGUCGUCGAUGAAGUCGAAGCGGAUGGAUGGUGA